GCUGACCUUGUUACCAGGCUGCGACCAAUCAGUUUAUUCUUCUCUACUGACAUCAAACAUAACGUGAGCAGCGGUACCAGCACAGUGCAACGGGACCUGUGCUAGUUCUACGUAUGCCAGAUAAGUCUGUGGAAUUUUGACAGAUGGACUGGCCCUUUCACAAUGUCCCAGAAUUGAUUGUGCCAUCCACUCUAUGAAAAAGCACUUCCUGAAAAAAGACCCCCAUGUGUAUCAUCUUCUUCAAGUUUGACCCACGGCCUGCAUCCAAAAAUGCAUACAGGCUGAUCUUGGCUGCCAACCGAGAUGAAUUCUACAACCGUCCGUCCAAGGCUGCCGACUUUUGGGGCUCCAGCAAUGAGAUCCUCAGUGGCCUGGACCUGGAGGAGGGGAAGGAAGGUGGCUCAUGGCUGGGCAUCAAUAAGAGGGGGAAGCUGGCCGCACUGACCAACUACCUGGAGGGCCGGCAAAAUCCUGAUGCGCAGGGAAGAGGCUUUUUGGUGUCCAACUACUUGACUGACAAUCUGGACAGCUUCUCCUACCUUCGCAAGGUGUCCAUGGAAGGGCAUCUCUACAAUGGCUUCAACCUCCUAACGGCAGAGUUCAAGGCCAAUGAAGACACGGUGUGUUACUAUGGAAACAAAGGCAGUUCGGAACCCAUCCAUCUGAAGCCAGCAGGAAUCUACGGGCUGAGUAACUCCCUCUUGGAGACGCCGUGGAAGAAGCUGCAGCAUGGCAAGCGGCUCUUCUCCAACGUGGUCGGGCGAACACUGCCCCCCGAUGGCAUGGUGCAGGAACUCCUGCAAAUCCUCAACAACGAGGACCUACAGUCUCCUGACCCGGCACAGGAGAGUCAGGGAGAUGGCUACAGUAAGCCCAUGCUCCGCUCGCUGUCUGCUGUGUGCGUCCGAGCCACAGGAUAUGGCACAAGGACCAACACAAUUAUCCUCAUCGAUGCAGCAGGGAACGUGACCUUCACAGAGCGUACCAUGAUCAACUCAGACAUCAGCCAGUGGAGCACCAACUCGUUCCAGUUCCAACUGAACGAGUGAACAACGGCAAAAGCUUGUUGGGAGGGGGGAGCGACAUUACGCUGUGCCUUCUUGGAGAUCUCUCCCCUUUUCUCCUCCUAGCUCCACACCCCCUCACUCUCACAAGCCACGACCGCCUGCGUUACUGCAUGAGAACAGAGGGUGUACGGUAGAAGAGGGCGAAUCGAAAUGAGUGGUCACUGCUUCGUGAACCGGACUGGUUGCACUAUAGAAAUCAUGUUUUGGAAACCAUAUGUAAGCUUUGCUUGGAUAUGCUGCUGAAGGUGUGGAUACAACAGAGCUACAUCAUUGAUAAUGAAUUGUUUAGAACAAGUGGGACAGGAUUUUUGUUAUCAUGCAUCACAUAUGUGAAACAGUGAUUAUUAUCAUGAAGUCAUUUUUAUUGAAUAUAUAUAAAAAACAAUAUAUCUCAACAAUGUGUGAUCUUAAUGCUUUCUGCCAAAGAAAUUAUGUAUUUUCCAUUUUGGAGACUAAUAAAUAAUGUAACUUUGAUGUUCUAGUAAUGAUUUGAUUAUGGAUUGUGGAAGGAACUGUGAUCUGCAGGAUGGAUGAGAUAUUCUGACAGUUCUAAAAAUGUCCAACUAUGUUAAAUUGAAUCAAUCAGUUCUCUUGAUCACUGACUGAUAAAUCUCAGUAACGAUGUAUUAGUCUAUUUUUUUUAGUAAUUCAAUUUGGACAAGAACAAGCUUCACUGGACAAUAAACCUAAGUAUACAGUAUAUACCUAAGUGUUUAUACACUGAAGCAAAGCUAGUUUUUACCAUAGUGGCAAAGGUCUUGAACAAUGAUUAGUUCUCGGCAGGAAAUAGCCUCUUUCCUAAGUCAAAAGAACUUUGAAGCAAGAGUAAAUUUGAAUGGUAAUGUUCAGGUUAAAUCAUGAGAGAUACUGUUCCUUAUCCCUGUCCCACACCCCCACAAAUUGUUGCACACUUUCCUUGCUUUCUGGGCCACGGUGUCUCAGUAACUCCCAUAUCCAGACAUACAUUUUCUUGAUUUUUUUUUUUUUUUUGUAACCAUAGGAAUGGGAACACUGAGUGUCCUCACACAACUCAGGAGACUAUUCUGAAUCACAACAGUUUACCCAUGCCUUGUGAAUAUGUUGUUAAUAAAAGCACUUCCUGAAGCAAAA